AUGGCAUGCAGAAGAGUUGUUCAAUCUCUCCUCCCUUUUGUCCUCCUGCUCUUCAUCAAUGGCCAUGGAAGCUUUGCUAGGUAUAUAAAGAUUCAGCAAGAGAAUGUAGAAGAAAAACAAGCUUACUUAGAUGGAUGGUUGAAAGAUAGCCAAGCAGAGAAGGCAAAAUCUACCUCAAACUUCAACCAAGUUUAUCUUGAUGGCUGGUUGAAAGAUAGUCAGACAAAAUCCAAUCCUAACUCCAAUCAAGUUUACCUUGAUGGAUGGUUGAAAGAUAGCCAAGCCAAAUCCAACCCUAACUCCAACCAAGUUUAUCUUGAUGGAUGGUUGAAAGAUGGCCAAAAAGUAAAAUCCAACCCCGACUCAAACCAAGUUUACCUUGAUGGUUGGUUGAAGGAUAGCCAAGAAAAAUCCAAUCCUAACUCCAAUCAAGUUUACCUUGAUGGUUGGUUGAAAGACAACCAAGCAAAGUCGGCCUCCAACUCAAACUCAGUUUAUCUUGAUGGAUGGUUGAAGGAUGGUCAAAAAGUAAAAUCCAACCCCGACUCCAACCAAGUUUACCUUGAUGGCUGGUUGAAAGACAUUUAUCUAGAUGGAUGGUUGAAAGAUGUCCAAAAAGCAAAAUCCAACCCCAAUUCCAACCAAGUUUACCUUGAUGGCUGGUUGAAAGAUAGCCAAGUAAAAUCCAACCCUAACUCCAAUCAAGUUUACCUUGAUGGUUGGUUGAAAGAUAGCCAAGUAAACCAAGUAAAGUCAACCCCUAACUCCAAUCAAGUAUACCUUGAUGGUUGGUUGAAAGACAGCCAAGAAAAUCAAGCAAAAUCCAACCCCAACUCCAACCAAGUUUACCUUGAUGGCUGGUUGAAAGACAACAUAGCAAAGUCGAACCUUAACACUAACCCGGUUUAUCUUGAUGGAUGGUUGAAAGAUGGCAAAGAGCAGAUGGAAAGAACUACUCACAACUUCAAUCAAGCUUAUCUUGAUGGUUGGUUAAAAGAUAGACAAGUUUAG